UUAUCAUUUUAAAGGGGACUAUCACCAACCUCACUAUUAAAUGAUUCAAGCGCCUAUCUAUAUACAUAAUUUCCACACUUACAAGUCAAAUUUGGAUCUUCUUCCCACCAUUCUCAUUCACAUAUAUUGCUUUUCAUCUUUGUUUUCAUCUGCUCUCCAAAAUGAGCUGAUUUUCAUAUUUUGCUGAUUGGAGUUUUUCUAUCUGCACGACAUGAGUUGUAGCUGUUUCGGUGCCUCGGCCUUAAACAGGAAAGAUAAUGGUGGUGCUGAUUCAGGGGACUUUGAAGGGCAUAGGCUUGGAAAUAUAAAAACUUUUUCAUACAAACAAUUAAGGACAGCAACGGAUUAUUUUCACCCAAGAAAUAAGAUCGGAAGAGGUGGCUACGGAACUGUGUAUAAGGGUAUCCUCGACGGGAUAGAGGUAGCUGUGAAAACACUUUCUGCACAAUCCAAUCAGGGAGUGCGCGAAUUUUUGACUGAAAUUGACAUCAUAACAAAUGUCAGGCACACAAACCUUGUUCAGUUAAUUGGAUGUUGUGUUCAGGGAACAAACCGAAUUUUAGUAUACGAGUUUUUGGAAAAUAAAAGCCUUGAUACUGCUUUAUUAGGUUCACAGGUUAAAGACACUAAACUGGACUGGGAACGACGUUCUGCUAUUUGUAAGGGCACUGCCAGGGGUCUUGCUUAUCUUCACGAAGAAGUUGUGCCACCUAUAGUACAUAGAGACAUUAAAGCUAGCAAUAUACUGCUCGAUAAAGACUUCAUACCAAAAAUUGGUGACUUUGGAUUGGCUAAACUUUUUCCAGACAACAUCAGUCAUAUCAGUACAAGAAUAGCAGGAACCACCGGUUACUUGGCACCAGAAUAUGUUUUGGGUGGUCAGCUGACGAAGAAGGCAGAUGUCUACAGCUUCGGGGUUCUCAUACUUGAGAUAGUAAGUGGCAGAAGUAGUGGAAAAGCAAAUUUAGCUACUGGCACGCAGAAACUUCUGAUAGAAUGGGCGUGGCAGCUCUACGAAGAAGAUCGACUCUCAGAAAUGGUGGAUCCUGCUCUGGAAGGAUGCCCUGAAGAAGAACUUGCAAGGUACAUUAAAAUAGCAUUUUUCUGCACACAAGCAACAGCCAGCAGGAGGCCAACAAUGAGCCAAGUUGUUGACAUGCUCGCAAAGAACCAUACGCUAAACGAGAAGGAACUGGUGGCCCCUGGUUUUUCUCAAGAUACAACUACUCGUUCAUCUACAACUAAAAAGAUACCUUCUACAUCAACAAGCACACAGAUGAGCUCUGUCCCACUCUCUGUCACUCAGCUCAUUCCUAGAUAAAACUCAAGUCAACUUCAGCUUGUCAAAAUGUUAGGGAUGCCUUUAAAGCCACAACAGCAAUGUAGGAAGCAUCAUUCUAUAAAAAUUCACUUUUUUCCGUAGAAA